UAUGAGAAAGGGCCGGUGGGAAGGGUUCCUUGCCGCUCCUUGGAAGCCCAGAGUUUAAUACGAGCAGCCCCCGAGGAGGGCGGAGGGUAAGGAGGUGACCCGCCAUCCUCAUGUCCUGCCCCGCCGAGGCGGAGAUGCUGGAGCAGGGGCCGUCCCGGCCCUUUCCGCGCCCCCCGGCGUGGGGACUCUUACUGCGGCGGGGAGCCCGGGACUCGGGCCGCCCCGCAUUGCUCCCCUCCCUGCGGGAGGGGGUCCGGACUGCCCGGCGAGCCAGCUCUGUACCAGCUGCCCACUUGCCCCGCUUCUUGCGCUCUUUCCUCCGCACCGUCCGCACCGUUCCUCUGCCCCGGGAUGCCUCCCAACCUCACCGGCUAUUACCGCUUCGUCUCCCAGGAGAACAUGGACAAUUACCUGCGGGCUUUAGAUAUAAACGUGGUCCUGCGAAAACUGGUUUGUCUACUGAAGCCUGACAAAGAGAUCAUUCACACGGGAGAUCACAUGGUCAUCCGCACCAUCACCUCCCUGCGGGACUACGUGAUGGAUUUUGACCUGGGAGUCCAGUUUGAGGAAGACUUGGGGCCUGUGGAUGGACGCAAGUGCCAGACAACUGUCUCCUGGGAGGGGGAUCAGCUGGUGUGUGAGCAGCUAGGAGAGAAGAGGAACCGAGGCUGGAGGCACUGGCUGGAGGGGGACAAGUUGCAUCUGCGCAUGACUGCUGAAGAUGAGAUCUGCGUCCAGGUUUUCCAGAAGGUGAAGUGAUCAAUCCCCGGAGGGAUGCCCGGACGGGACCCUCUGUCCCCAGUAUGAAAAAGAAAAGAAAACGAAAUAAGACCCGAGCGAGCCGA